UUGGCCGGGGGAGGUGUGAUCGGAGCGCACGGGCCAGGUUUUAUUGAGCCGGCGUGGGCAGGCUAUGACAGUUGAAAACGAACGUCGUUCAGGAAAGACCUACAUCCGCUCUCAUCUAGUUUGUUGAAUUGCAGCUUCCGUAGCCCAAUAUGAAGCGAAGUCUGAGCGACAGUGAAAGCGACGAUGGAUUCGAGGAUCGCCUUAAGGCAGGAUCCCCGUCACAGAGCUGCCAGAUUACGGACAGGAAGAAAAGACGAGGGAUAAUAGAGAAGCGCAGGCGUGACAGGAUUAAUAACAGUUUAUCGGAACUUCGGAGACUUGUACCAUCUGCCUUUGAGAAACAGGGUUCAGCCAAGCUCGAGAAGGCGGAGAUCCUACAAAUGACAGUUGAUCAUUUGAAGCUGCUACAUCAGAAAGGAAUCAAUACAUACAAUUUCGAUCCUCAUGCAGUAGCAAUGGAUUAUCGCAGUGUUGGCUUCCGUGAAUGCGCGGCGGAAGUUGCGCGUUACAUGGUGGCUGUAGAGGGUAUGGACCUUCAGGACCCCCUUCGUCUGCGCCUGCUCAGUCACCUUCAGUGUUAUUCCGCCCAGAGAGAAGCCGCAGCCAAAGCUUCACUUCAGAACUCUUCCUGGAGUUCAAUGACUCCACAUUCUGGCUUCAACUCUCAGUACGGCAGUGCCACCAUGUCAGGCAUGAGCGGAAUGAUUACAUCACAGCAUGUUGGCCAAUCAGAACAUGUUUCCUCGAUGUCUGCACACUCCGGACACUCUGGGGUGUCGUCUUCAGUGUCGUUUAGCGAGUCGCGUCUCAGUCAGUCGGACAGCGCUGCUUCUAUUCAUGGACAUAUGCGGCUUCCGACUGCUGGUGUUGGUGGCCAGGUUCCUUCAAUGAACUCCUCGACAUCACAAGUUUCACAGAUUUCACCCCCGCUCCUCUCCUCUCUGCCCCAACUUCACAACCAGUUCCCAGUGUCGCUUAACGUCAACUCAGUUUCGUCCAUGAUGUCGCCGAACUCAGGCCCCAUCUACAACCCCGCCACUUCCGCCAACCAGCACUCCCAUUCCGUCAAGCCAUACCGACCAUGGGGCGCUGAACUUGCCUACUAACCAAAGUACUAAUUACACCUAAAUGGGACAAAUGCAAUAUAUUUAUUUGUAUAUUUUGUACAAGAUAAUUUUACACAAUUUUAUAUACUACUAUUACUUCAUAUAUGGUGACAAACUGUUUACUAUGCAAGUGACAAUUGGAUAUUACAGUGACGAUGUUAUUCUUUGUGCCUAUGGACUUUGCAAGCACGGAACUGUUUCAGUUACCCCUGUGUUCAACUCAAGACCCAGUGUUACGUGGGCCUCUCCAGAACUCCUUAAUGUGUGCAUCCAUUUACAUGUAACAGAUGCUAUAUGGAACAAUGUAGAUAUAAGUAAGCUAUGCAAACAUGACUAUGCAAUAUAUCAGAUUUUUCUAUAGAGGAAAUUGACAGUUAUUUACAUUUUAUUUAUUUCUAUUCUUGGAGUGCUUUUAUUUUUUAAAUAUUUUUGUGUGCAUAUUGACAAUAAUUUUGCUCAGAGACUCGCCAUUUAUGUCUUCCACAAUAAGAAUGGCCUGAUUGUUGUAGCUCAUACAGACCACAUGUGAUCAUGUUGUCUGUGUCAUACUUCCCUGGUGUGAGAGGCAAUAAAAAAUGUUGGUUGUUA